AUGCUUUGGUCUUCAGAACUUAUCUUAACCCUCCUCCCUUUCGCUGCGUUCAAUGUGGCAUCUCCAACACCGAGAUCAAGGGAUAAAUUUGACUGGUCGUCAAAAAAGGCACUAAUUGCGUUCGGAGACUCUUAUACCUACGUCCAAGGGACCCAUGGACACCAGAACUACAGUUUCAUCGCCGAUCAACUUAACUUUUCAUACGAUGCAGAAACCCUACUGUCAAACAAGAUCGUGCAAAACCAAACUGCAACGGCAGAGGGAGGCCCCAACUGGGUUGAAUACCUCACAAAGUGCGGUCUCAAGCCAGGCCUGACAUCGCCAAAGACUUGCUCAAAGCAGCUCUGGGACUUUGCGUUUGCAGGAGCAGACAUUUCGACAGAAUACACCCCUCUGCACCACAACUACACAGUCUCCCUGGUCAACCAAAUCAGCCAGUUCAAAUCCUACGGCGCCCCAGUCCUCCAAACCUUCCUAAAACCCUCCAAAUCCCUAAUCGCAGUCUGGAUCGGCAUCAACGACGUCGGCGAUAGCUCCAAAUACGCCGUAAACUUCCCAACCUUCUACAACAACCUUACCAGCACACUAUUCUCCUCCGUAGACAAACUCUACGAUCUAGGCUACAGAUCCUACCUAUUCAUGAACCUGCCACCACUAGACCGCACGCCCGGAAAUCAGGCGACGACCACGCCACAUCCCAAUGCGACGCAGGUGGCCUGGUACAACGAUGCACUUGCGUCCAAGGCAGAGCAGUUUGGGAAGGAGAAGGGGGAUGUUGAGGUGCGAGUGUUCGAUGCGCAUUCGCGGUUGAGUGCGAUGUUGGAUGACCCGGCCAAGUAUGGGAUCGUGAAUACGACCAACUUCUGCGCUGGAUAUGACCAGCCGGAUAUUGAUACUAAUUACAAGGCUUAUGGAUGCCCUACGCCGCUGGACACGUACUUCUGGUUUAACUCGGGCCAUAUGACGAGCCAUGUACAUAGCAUCUUGGCCGCGGAGCUGGAGGACUGGUUGAAGGAGUAG